AUGACGUGGGUGUCCUGCAGGGGAAGCUGGCAUUUUUAUUUUGGAGCUGAACACACAUGUGGCCCAAGCAUCAGAGAAGCUAUGGGAGGAUCUGGGGUUGACAGAACAGCUGCAGGCCCAGGUACUUCCCACACCAGUGAGGGCAGCCAGCAGGCAAACGCCAAUGGGCACGAGUCGCCACAAUAUCUGUCGAGGUGUGGGGAGGGUUUCCCCACUUGUGGCUCUGCACAGCGUGCGCGCGCGUCUGUCCUGGGGUCCCGUCCCUGCGGGGACGAGGCCGGGGUCCCCGCGCGAGCCCAGCGGACCUGGGCAGUGCGGGGGUCCGACCGCCCGCCACGGGGGGACAGGGACCGCAGCCGCCAAAUCCGCGGGGCCGGGGGCCGAGGAGACUUUCCUUUCCGCGUUAGCCGGGGCCACCCCCGCCAGAGGGAAAGCACCAAAGGAAAAACCAGGACAGGGACACCGGGGGCGGGAGGAGCGGCCGCCUGCAGGCACCAGCGGAGGGGCGCGGGGUGCCCGGCCCCCGCCCCGCCCCGCGCGGCCCCCGGCCACAGCCCCGCGCGCCCCGACGCCCCGCCUGCGCCGCGGGCCCGAGUAGUGGGCGCGGGGCGGCCCGCUCGGCUCCUCCGCACCCGCUCCCCGCUCGGGCCGAGGCGCCGCGGCCGCGCGCCCCUCCUGGAGGAGGAGGAGGAAGGAGGCGGGAGGAGGAGUUGCCGAGAGGAGAAGGCGAGCGCGGCAGUCGCGCCGGCGCUGGGCGAGGAAGCGGAGCCGGGCCGCCUCCGGGUAAGCGUCCGGGGAGCUCGGGAGGGAGGCAGGGGCAGGGCUUCGCCGUCCGCCUCCGGCUCGCCCGCGGUCCGGGGCACCGUCCGCGGGGCUGGUUUUCGCCUCGGAGUGCAGGGGGCGGAUCCGGCGCGGGCCGGGCCAGGAAGGCCGCCGGGCGCGGGGCUGCAGCGGCGGGUCUGGGUCAGCGCGAGGCCGUGCGCCGUCUCGGCGGGUGCGCGGGCGGGGGCCAGGGCCGGGGAACGGGGGCCGGGGCCAGUCCCGGGAGCGGGGACGCGGAAACCGGGGAGCCGGGGCCGGGGCGCGGCGGCCCCUGAAGGGCCGAGGCCUGUGCGGCCGCGGGCGGCUCUUCUCGACCCCUCGGCCUCUUCGGCCGCGGCGCGCCGGCCUGGGCCGCCGCCUUUGUUGCCCGCAGCUCGCCCGGGAGAGGCCGGGGCUCCGCGAGGCCUGGGCAGCGGCGCGGGGCCUGCGCGGCUCUGCGCCCCGGCCGGGUCCCUCCUCGGACCUCCGCGGGCUCGGGCUCGGGCUCGGGGUCGGGGCGCGGCGAGGCCGCAGGCGCGAGGGCGGGCCUGGGGCGCGGCGCUGGGACUCGGGGACGCCCCCGCCCCACCGCGAGGUCGCGCCGGCGCUGGUGGAGGUGCAGGCCGGGGCUGCUCUGCGGCUGAAGCUGCCGCCGGCCGGCCGCGCACUCACCCGGGUGUAGGGACGGGACGAUUGUGGAAUUUAAACCGCUCCUGGGACCGACACGGGCCUGAAUUUUCAGUUUGCUUCGGGAGUUGGCAACUUCAGAAAAUGGCUCCAAAGGUUAAAUGAAGCAGGAAAAAUACAUAGAUGCAGCCUUGCAGCCUCUCCAGAUGUUUGGGGAUAAUAUUCCAGAUAGAAAUAUUGAUCCCUUGGAUUAGGUAACUAGUCAUAAUGAAGAAAAUUAGUCUUAAAACCUUACGGAAAUCUUUUAACUUGAAUAAAAGUAAAGAAGAAACUGAUUUCAUGGUAGUACAACAACCAUCGCUAGCCAGUGACUUUGGAAAAGAUGAUUCCUUAUUUGGUAGCUGCUAUGGUAAAGAUAUGGCCAGCUGCGAUAUCAACGGUGAAGAUGAAAAAAGCGGAAAAAACAGAUCAAAAAGCGAGAGCCUGAUGGGUACGCUAAAAAGGCGGCUUUCUGCAAAACAGAAGUCAAAAGGCAAGGCGGGCACACCCUCUGGGAGCUCUGCCGAUGAGGACACCUUCUCCUCCUCCUCAGCACCCAUAGUCUUUAAAGACGUGAGAGCUCAGAGGCCGAUAAGGUCCACCUCGCUCCGCAGCCAUCACUACAGUCCCACGCCGUGGCCUCUGCGGCCCACAAACUCCGAAGAGACCUGCAUCAAGAUGGAGGUGAGAGUCAAGGCCUUGGUUCACUCUUCCAGCCCGAGUCCAGCCCUGAAUGGCGUCCGGAAGGAUUUCCACGACCUCCAGUCUGAGACCACGUGCCAGGAGCAAGCCAAUUCACUGAAGAGCUCGGCUUCUCAUAAUGGAGACCUGCAUCUUCACCUGGAUGAACAUGUGCCUGUCGUUAUUGGACUUAUGCCUCAGGACUACAUUCAGUAUACUGUGCCUUUAGAUGAGGGGAUGUAUCCUUUGGAAGGAUCACGGAGCUAUUGUCUGGACAGCUCUUCUCCCAUGGAAGUCUCUGCGGUUCCUCCUCAAGUGGGAGGGCGCGCUUUCCCCGAGGAUGAGAGUCAGGUAGACCAGGACCUAGUUGUCGCCCCAGAGAUCUUUGUGGAUCAGUCCGUGAAUGGCUUGUUGAUUGGCACCACGGGAGUCAUGUUGCAGAGCCCGAGAGCGGGUCACGAUGAUGUCCCUCCACUCUCACCAUUGCUACCUCCAAUGCAGAAUAAUCAAAUCCAAAGGAACUUCAGUGGACUCACUGGCACAGAAGCCCACGUGGCUGAAAGUAUGCGCUGUCAUUUGAAUUUUGAUCCGAACUCUGCUCCUGGGGUUGCAAGAGUUUAUGACUCAGUGCAAAGUAGUGGUCCCAUGGUUGUGACAAGCCUUACAGAGGAGCUGAAAAAACUUGCAAAGCAAGGAUGGUACUGGGGACCAAUCACACGUUGGGAGGCAGAAGGGAAGCUAGCAAACGUGCCAGAUGGUUCUUUUCUUGUUCGGGACAGUUCUGACGACCGUUACCUUUUAAGCUUGAGCUUUCGCUCCCAUGGUAAAACACUUCACACUAGAAUUGAGCACUCAAAUGGUAGGUUUAGCUUUUAUGAACAGCCAGAUGUGGAAGGACAUACAUCCAUAGUUGAUCUAAUUGAGCAUUCAAUCAGGGACUCUGAAAAUGGAGCUUUUUGUUAUUCAAGGUCUCGGCUGCCUGGAUCUGCAACUUACCCCGUCAGACUUACCAACCCAGUGUCCCGGUUCAUGCAGGUGCGCUCGUUGCAGUACCUGUGUCGUUUUGUUAUACGUCAGUAUACCAGAAUAGACUUAAUUCAGAAACUGCCUUUGCCAAACAAAAUGAAGGAUUAUUUACAGGAGAAGCACUACUGAAAGAUUGAGAACCCUGCAUCUUGCACUUUGGGAAUAAGAACAAGAGAUUGAAAUACAGUUUACAAACUUUUCAUUGCCAUCAAAAUCUUUUGCUGCCAUAACUAUUUCAGUUUUAUGUGUAAAAGAGUCAUCAGUUUGUUUAGGGGUGGGGAAGUGUCAGCAAGGUGUCUUGGGUUUAUUUUGGUUCUUUAAAAAAGGGAAGUCUUGAGGUUUUAGAGGUGUGAAUUAUGUUUCAUCAAUGUGCAGAAUAAUCACAAUGUGAAUUAUUAAAUUCUCCUCAAUGCCCCCCCGCCCAGUCCUUUGCUGCUAUCCACUGUGAUUUUUAUGCAUUAAAAGCACAUUUCAUGUGUAUUCAACCCUAAGUAAAGUUGAAUGAAACUUAACAGAAUGGAAAUUGCUAUGUCUUUUUAAAUGGUCCAUUUUCAAAAGACAGUGUUGAAUAAACAUACCUGCGUGAUAAAACACAGAAUUUACAUAUACACUGAAGAUGAGUUUUUAAUCUCUUACUUUAAAAAGAUUUAUUUAGAAUCGUGAAUUGACAUAAUCUUGGGUAAUGGAACGGAGAUCUGCAUCAUAUCUUUUAACAACACUUUUUUCUAAAUUAUUUCUAAGGUUGUGCUAAUUCUUUUGGUUGUGAAAAGUUGAGUUUUUCUGUUGCCUUCGUUUUCAUCUUCUAGUUUGUCUAUUUUAAUAAAUGGCCUUACAUUAAAAAAUUGUAAAGAAGUGUAUACCACCAAUUUAGAAAUUGUUGCCUUUUCUGUAAUUAAACUUGGGUACAAAUUGGCAUAACAUGAAAACCUAUGGAACUAGAAUUAUUAUUAAAGAAAUAUUAGAUGAUCAUA